CGAAUUCUGAUAAAACUAAAUGUUUGCGAUGAAGGAGCCCUCUUUUCCUGCUGUUACCGUGAGUUCGAUAGUAAAAGUUGUCUUACUGAAGUGCCGUUUUACCGAAAGCGAUUUUUGGGAAAAGUUAAUUAAGGUGGCCAAGGUACCUGGAGACAAUACCUAACCAUACCAAACAUUUUAAAAGAGUUUAACCCCAAUUUAAAAGGCUACUCAACCGGUACUGGCGAAUUCCUAUCGUCCCAUUCAAAUUUAAACGUCGCUUACCCGGUAGCCGCUGACGCGGACGCUUUACGACAAGCCAAGAUUUUGGUCAAAAAAAUCAAAAAUGAUCCCGACAUGGACGUAAAGAACGAUUGGAAGAUGGUUACUGUAUUUUUUGGCGCCAACGACUUGUGCUCGGCACAAUGUUACGAUAAAGUUGCUGCUGCGCCGUCUAGUCACGUGGCUAAGCUGAGAAGAGCUUUGGAUUACUUAGAGGAUCAUUUGCCUAGGACCUUCGUUAAUCUGAUUCCGGUAUUAGAUGUUUCAGUUAGUCUCAGAAUUAAAAGAACUGUGAUGUGUAGAUUUCUACACCGGCUGUUUUGUGAAUGUUUUCAUAAAGGAGGUGAUGAAUUUAACGUGAUAACGUCUCUUACCAAGGCUUACCAACUAGCAGAAGAGGAAUUGAUACUCAGUGGAAGAUACGACAAAAGGGACGAUUUUACAGUGGUCUUGCAGCCUUUUAUGAAAUUAUUUAAUGCUCCAGAAGAUCCGGUACACAGAUACGAUGAAGUCAUUGACAUUUCUUACAUAACUCAUGAUUGUUUUCAUUUUUCCCAAAAAGGACAUGCUCUGGCUGCUAAUAUGUUGUGGAAUAAUCUUCUGGAACCAGUUGGAAGAAAGGAUACAAAAAAAUUAAAAAGGGUAUUGGAUAUAUUUCGUUGUCCCCAAGAAAAUGUUCCUUUCUUAUUUACUAACAGAAAUUCUUAUUUAGAAUGAUUAAUAAGGCACGUGAAGAAGGUAUUGAAUUUUUCAAGACAUCCAUUAUUAUGUGUGA